AUGCCAAACUUGAAAAGCGGAAAGCCUCGAAAGGAGGAGGAGGAGGACGACGAGGACGAGGACAGCUUCCUCAUGGCCAACUGGAUGAACCACGCAGAUCGUUCGGACGAGGGCUCAGACUGGCAUGAUGAAUCAACUGUUGUGAUUGAACGCCCGACUACAGUUUUGCAGUGCAAAGUUACUCCAAAACGAUCCAAGAUGGAUAUCACUGAAGCUGUUGCCAACAUCUUAAAUCAAGUCCGAUUGGAGAAAGAAAGGACUAUGGAGAACUUCGAGCUCGAGAGCGAAGAGGAUCAACACAAGAAUUUCAACCCGCUCUCGGAUCGGUCAAAAUCCACUCAAGAAGAUUACAUGGAAAGUGGUAUACAAACGCCACAUCCACCGAACCCCAAGAGAUUGACGCUGCUUGAAAAAGUGCUGCAUCGACCAGUUUCGAGAUUGAGAUGGAAAGAAGACAAGUUCGUCGGCCUCUCUCAGAAGGUAAAGGAGCAGCCGACAUCGACAGAGGACAGUAAGCUGCUGGAUCAUGAGCACCCAGAUGAUUCAAGCAUCAAUCAUGGCAACAUCGGCAAACCCGCGUUUCAUGCUGUCAGGGAUAGGAAGUGGACAGAACCUGCGUUGAUUGCAAGAAAUGAUUCCAGCUCUUCCAUGUCCGACAUGUCUUCCACCUACGUUUCUUCGAGAGUAACCUUUCAACGAUCUGCUGUUUCAUGUUUCUCACUCGUGGUUAAGCAUGGUUUUCCUUUCUCCCAUCGUCAAAGUCAUCACCUUGGACCCUCUCCCGAUCCAACAAUAGGACUUGCGGUGUAUCGACCUACCGGGCAGUAUAACUUGCAAGUUUGCAAGAGGGGUUUUCCCUUCGAGAUGCCGAAAUACACGGAUUGCUUUGACUCAGCCAACGGCCCGAGCUCAUUGGUUGAACGAGGCGAUUCUAAGAAACACAAGAAGACUGGACAGUUUUACAGGGGCAAGUAUAAAACCAAGAGCUUGGUUGAUCUUGGCGAAAGAUUUGACGACUAUUCCCCCUACGCCACCAAUCCGCAAGCCAUUCACAAGAGCACAGAGAGCAGAAAUACAUACAGAACUGAGCAGCAAGAUACAACCCCCGGGACUCGAAAGAGCUUUAUAGACGAAAUCAUGAAGCGAGGAACUGCGAUUGUCGAUAAGCCCAAGGCGCCAAAUUGGAGAUCCGUCGGGGAAUACUUCGUCGCAGAGCGUCAGUCAGGACGAUCUUACGCAUACAGCGAUCUCCUCCAAAGAAGUUCUCUAGAUUUCUACCAUUACACCUGA